UGGCCUCGCAUCUCCCCCUGCGAUGUUUUCACGCUGCCUAAUGGAGAAUAUUUCGCGUGAUGUCUUGGCGUGGGGAGGGGGAUGCAAAGUUUCCUCCAAGUUAAAAGAUGAUGGAGACGUGGGGUCACAUUGUUGCUUUUGGCUUCGUGUUUACACUCGACAGGUCCUCUGCUUCCAACUUUCUGCGCCGCUCCAACAUUUUCAGAAUGCAGCACAGUUUUUAUAAACACGGCAACCAACGAGGAGCCAUAUUUGUAACUUUUCGUCUGCGAACCCGGUUUCCUCUCCAAUACCCAGCGUUGUUCUCAUUUGCUGACUGUUUUAUGGGCUAUCUGCGGGUCUCACCGGCAAACUUGUCCACCUAAAUAUUUUAAGUCGUGCACUUGGCGGGUUGCGGAUGCGCAUACUGGAAGUCAUGAAAUUAUCAAACGAUGCAUAAAGAUCAUAACCUGUAGAAACUGUACCUGAAACCGUCCAGCUGAAAUGGGUUUUUUCGGCAUGGAGUGCAUUGAAACGUUAAGCAGCUUGUAAUGGGGGAGGCUGCAUGCAAACCAUGCAGCCUCCCCCAAAGCCUUCACAGUUCGUACAGAUGGCCGAAAUAACGCGCUUUCGGUACGGACCGUCAACAACCGCCAGGCUGGGCGAACGCAAGUAGGGACGAACCAUAAACUCGCCCGGGGUCGGUGUAAACCACCGUGGGGGGACUUUUUUUUCUUUUUUCUUUUUAGGGAUAACCAGUCGACUAACUCUGAAAAAGCGCUCCAGCCGCGUUGUUGUUGUUCCAGUUUUUCAGAACUAGGACAAGCCGCCAUUUUACUCAGAAACAAAGGCAUUUCGAAACACACCGAAACCCCGUCCUUUUGACACGAACGACGAACGGUUUAUCAUACCUUCAUCUUAUUAGCGAUCUACACUCGUCGUUAGUCCCGACCGACAACGCUUUAGGUGAAGCAACAAUGAAACGUUUGCCUGGCGGAUAUCUAAUCGGCUUUAGCGGCCCCUCCUACUCACAAAUGACCCUGUACACGACUCGUAGGUCUGCUCAGUUCCCACUGCUUUCUUUUCUCAAAAUGUACAUCUACGCCGCUCGGAAACCAAACACACACGUCUCCUGCUGUUCUACUGCUCAAUCAACAACUUCACAAAUAAGCACAGGUGUACUUUUGAUCGGCUUGUCUUAAAAAUAGAUCUAAAUGUAUUAUUAUUUACGUAAUGAAAGAAGACCCAAGACAUCGCGAUAUUUAGAGCGGCGAGAUAUGUUCUGACCGCUGACUGUUGUUGACGGGCAGAGGCACGUUCAAGGUCCAAAUGAAAUGUCAGAUAACAGCACACCUGUGACCGCAAUUCUUAACAUGGUCAAAGAGCUUGUGCUGGACAACUGUCGCUCAAACGAAGGCAAGAUCGAGGGUCUAACAGAUGAGUUUGAGGAGCUGGAAUUUCUAAGCACAAUCAAUGUCGGUCUGACAACAGUUGCUCACCUGCCGAAGCUAAAGAAACUCAAAAAGCUUGAACUCAGCGACAACCGGAUCUCAGGAGGCUUAGAAGUUCUGGCGGAUAAAUGUCCGAACCUCACGCAUCUGAAUCUCAGUGGGAACAAGAUAAAAGAUCUUAGCACAAUAGAACCAUUGAAAGAAUUGGGGUCCCUGAAAAGCCUCGAUCUGUUCAACUGUGAAGUAACAAAUCUGAACGAGUACAGAGACAACGUGUUCAAGCUCCUACCGCAGCUCACGUACCUAGACGGCUACGACAAAGAAGACAAAGAGGCCCCCGACUCCGAUGCCGAGGUCUACGCCGAGGGCUUAGAUGAUGAAGACGACGAUGAAGAUGAUGAAGAAGAGGACGAUGAGGAUGCCCCACCUGGAGACGAGGAAGACGAAGAAGGAGAGGAUGAUGAAGAGGAAAAUGAAGAAGAGGAGGAAGAGGACCUGAGUGCGGAGGAGGAAGAAGAGGAAGACUUGAAUGACAGAGAGGUUGAUGAUGAAGAUGAAGAAGAAGAAGAGCGAGGUCAAAAGAGAAAACGGAACCUGGAUGAAGAAGGGGAGGAAGACGAAGACGACUGAGAGUCCUGCGUAAGCCUAGUUGUGAACUGUUUUAAACUUGUUUCUCCUGUUCUCUUCCCUACAAACCCAAAUGCCCCCCUGUCCCUCCUCCCAGUUUCAUAUUGCAGUAGGAGUGUUCCUUUUGUUGAUUUUUUAAAUUUUUUAAUUUUUUUUGAUUAUUGGCCAGUCAGGUUGAUGGGACGGCUUCCCGCACCUCUAAUAAUCCCAUGUUCCAGUCUCAACAGUCCACUUUUACCUGCUUUGUGGACACCUGUUUUGUAAAAUUAAACAAUAGCAGAGAUAAAAAAAAAAUCUUUUUUGAAAAGAAAAUGGUUUUGUUUUCUCACUGUUUAUGUAAGACAAGUUUCAGAUAACUUAUGCAUUUUAAAAGGCUUCCCCUUCGACAACAGAAAUAAUAAUAAUAUAAAAAUAAAAAAAAGAGUGCAUGUCUUAUACAUUUUAAAGUCAACUACUGGAUUUCAUGUAUGGCUGUCAUUUCCUUGUCUUAAAUGUAUUGUUUUGCAUCAUACCUAUUUUUGUUUUUUCUUUUAUGAUGCAAGUUAUGUAUUUGUAGUGUCACCGAUAAGCCAAUACUCUCUGCUGUCCUGGUGUGAACCUUUUUGUCUGAACGUGCACAGUGUGACCCUGGCAGGGCUUUUUCUUUUUUUUUCUUUUUUUUUAAAGGAAAAAAAAAAACAAAAACAAAAAAAAACACAACAAAUUAUGGCACCAACAUGUCUGCCUUUGUCAAAGCCGCUCCUCCUCCUGAAACCCUCAGCUUUGAUAGUUCGGAAAUUACGUGUUCUUGUAAAUAAUGACCAAAUCUAUUUUUUUGUAUUCUCUUUGAUGACGGCAGACAUUGAACAGACAACUGAGGUGAAACUAUGAAUUGUAAUAAAAUAUUAAAUAUGUAUGCUGCUUUAUCUAAAAUGGCGCAGUGGGAAAUUUCUGGGAUUUGAACUUUAUAUGCAUAAUCCUUCCAUGAAAAGAUGAUGUUUGCCAUCAGAACUUAUUGUUUUUUGGGUUUUUUUCCCCCAUGUUUUUACUCUUAUCCUCUUUUUAAAAAAAAAAAUUUUAUGGGACACAUGAAGGUGACCAUGUUUGAGCUGGUGGUGUUAGUGUAGAGAAGAGUAAUUGGUGUUAAUUGGAAGUUACAACUGCAGUGCAUACGCAUUUAAAUAUGUUAUUUCAAAGUGUAAAAAAUUGGAACACAGUCAAUGAAUUGGACUUUGCUCUCAUAGAUUGCAACGGCCGAAUUGGCCCACCUCGGAAAUGUUUCGCUCUGAUAAAUCCAGUGUCAUCAUCCAAAUUUUGUUUCUCUUUUUCUCUCCCAUUCACUUCAAUAAAUCCUUUUUAUAUAAACUA